CCAACUAGCCGGAGAGCUUGGCUAUUCAAUUAAACAUAUCAUGGAAAGGUCUGAUGAGGGAUUCCCAGUCCAACAGAAGAUUCAAGAAAAUUACCUGAAAGUCGACGUCUACUACCAAACUUUCAACGUGAGAAGCGUGUCCGAGGUCCCGCAAUAUUCAGGAGACUCACUAUUUGCUGCAUUGGGCGGAGCACUCUCCUUUUACCUGGGCGUGGCCAUCGUCAUUGGCUUCGAAUUAGUGGAGCUCUUCGUUUUGGUGUUCGCCUCAAUCUGGAGUCACCAAACCCAAUCACCAAAGAAGUCCUUCAUGAAGAACUCGGACGCUCUGGAAAAUAAUCGGGCGAUAUUGAAAGCCCAGUAAAUGUCAUUGUAUGUAGUCAUGUACUUACGUCAAAAAGUUCGGCUCAUUUUCGAAACUCAUUUUCUUGGUCUAGAAUAACUCACAUUGUGUCAGCUCACCAAUGUAUCGAAUGCUCGUAACUGCACGCUUACCAUAUAUAUCUAUCUGUCUAUAUAUAAACGGACUUGAUUCAAAUCUCAGACAUACGUUCACCAUCCUUGGAAUACACCUUCCAAACCAUUUUUCAUCAUGAAUGUGCUUGCUGUCUUCUUGGCUGUGGCCACUUUGGCUCAUGCCGAAGACUUGUCUACUACUGCUACUUCUAACCAGAAGUAUAUCUACUUUACUUCGGAUGGUGGUCCUAAUGGCGGCACGCCCCAUGUUCUCGAUGCGGCCCUCGAAGCCGACAUCAAAAUGACGUUCUUUGUUAAUGCCGAAAACCUAGACUUAUCCAGUUGGAACCCACGGCUCGAGCAUCUGAACCAGAAAUCCAUCCAACGAAUGGUCUUUGAAGGUCACGCAAUGGGAGAUUUGUCCUUCAAUCAUAUGGUUCACAAUUCGGAUGAGGGCCAGUCCAACCCCAUCAAUACGUAUCGAAACAUCUCGGAUAUCGACUACUUUGGAGCGAUGAACGUCAGACCCUUGGUCCGAUUCUUCACCGGCAAGAAGAUUGAACGCCAGCAAUUCGGCCGUGUCGUGAUCACCAUGUCCAAGUUGGUCCGUCUGCCCCACACCGAUCAUUGGAGAGUGAACAUGACCAAUGGGGACGUGAUCAAGCAUAAUUGCCAUGCCUGUACCUUGCCCAAGGCCUCCAACGAUAUCGCCAUCGAGAUUGCCGACGAAUUGUACAACCGAGGUCGGUCUGUGUUCGGCUGGGAUGUGGAGUGGCAGUCCAAUUGGGGACGUGGUCUUUCCACAACCUACCAAGAGUUCAUGGAGAAGGUGGUGAAAUUCAAGAAAGGGUUCCUGGCCACCAAGGGAGGUCCCAACAAGUUGGUCGUGUUGACCCACGAUCAUGGGUUCAUCAACAAUCGGGAAGAUGCCGAGCAAUACGUCUCCUUCUUCAAAGCGGCCAAAGCGGCUGGAUUUGAGUUCCGCACCUUGGAUACAUUCCAUUCAGAUUGAUUCGCUCUCUGAAUUUGCCAUGUUUCUGUGAACACCCAUGUUUUGAUUGGGUGGCUUGACGACAAUAAACAUGACGACUCGUAUAUUUGA